UCACCUACUGCGAAACAAUUCACAUUCAUCCGUGCAGACAGUUUUUGUCAUCGUCGUAGAAUUUUGGUGAUUUGCAAUAUUCCCGAGUGUCUUCGUACUUUGUAAAUCUCUAUAUCAAUUUUUUUUAUUUUUCUCCCAUAGUGGAAUAUUUUUAUUAAUUUAUUAUUUAUCGAAACGAAGAGAAAAUAAACAAAAAAAAUAUUGCAUGGAGUAUAUAUUGAUAUAGUGAAGUGAAUAGCUUGUGAAAGAUUCACGUUCACGACCCCCUUUUUGUUUUAGCAUAUUUUAUUUCGUUGUGAUAAUAAAUGAACAAAGGACGGACGGAUGAAAAACAAAAUUAAAUACAAAUCACCCAUUUUAAAAUCACGAAAAGGUCGACAAACAAAGCUAGAAAAAUGAUAAAUUUUGGCAAUAAUAUGAUGCAUGCGGAUCAAUUUCGUAAAAUGGAAACAUUUUCACCAAAAUCAUCGCCUCGCGGUGGACGAUCACCGAUCGUAUCGCGCCAAGAUUCAUCGGGCACGUUGAAAAUGAACAUUUCACUUGGAAAAAUACCAGCCAUUGUACACAAUGGACCAUUUUAUUUAAUGAAAGACCCACAAGGCGGUAGUGAAUUAACGGGCGCAACAAAUCUAAUGGCACACUAUGGAUUGGAGCAUUCGUAUAGUAAAUUUAGUGGCAAAAAAGUGAAGGAGCAACUAUCAUCAUUUUUACCAAAUCUUCCGGGUGUCAUCGACGGUCCUGGUCAAAUCGAUAAUAGUUCAUUGCGUAGUGUAAUUGAGAAGCCGCCGAUUGGUGGUAAAGAACUGUUGCCGUUGACCAAUGUACAAUUGGCUGGUUUUCGCUUGCAUCCAGGUCCAUUACCAGAUCAGUAUCGUUAUAUGAAUAAUACACCAGUGCGAAAGCAUAAAAAAUAUAAAAAACAUAGACAUAAGGAUAGUUCUGUGCCACUACCAACCAUGCAAACCGAUUUAGUUGCUGAACCUCAUGAAAAGAAACACAAAAAACAAAAACGACACGAAGAUGAUAAAUCGGAGCGGAAAAAACGCAAGAAGGAGAAGAAACGAAAGAAACAACGACACACACCCGAACCACCUGCUACAACGGUCAAUCCAAUUGGUGUUGGGCUACCGCCCAACAUUGGAUUCUGAUUUUUCUCAUCACAUACGCAACAUGUUAUUUAAAUUCCUCUGUACAUACACAUCAAACAAACAAACAAACAAUUUUAUAAUAAUAGGACUUCGAUCACAACAAAUUUCUCAAAACAUCCAAACAAAAACACACACAAUACACACACACACACACGCCAAAUCAACCAAACCGCUCGUACAUCCCAAAUAGUGAAAAAAUCAUUCUGAAUUCCAUGUAGUGUCGUACUACUACAGGAAGUAGUUCAUCUACUGGAACAAAAAAUAAAAAAAUAAAACAAUUGUCAUAUUCAAUCAUCAUCGGAUGAUCAAUUUA